ACACGAUGAUGACGUGCUAAUGGUUAAUGGCUUCCACUCGGUCGAGCUAGCUUUUAUGAGCGAGCUACAUUCAAUCCAAAGAAAACACAUGAGAUAUGAUGCGAUCGACUGCUAAAAUCAUAAAAAUAUGAUUGUCUGAGAGCCGUAAAGUCACGAUAGCAUUAAAUUUCUGACCAGACGCACCACGUUCAUCUGCGAAUUAUGUGCUGAAAAUCUCGGGUCUGCACGAAGGAAGCAACGACGGGACGACGUAACCACCGUUACGCACCUCUCAUCGAUCCUACGUGCUGGUUUCGGCCCUGAUGCGAAGGACACCGUUACUUGCCGCGACUUUGCAGGACACAAAUCGCACUAGGUGACAUGCCUCGAGAGGUUGAUCAUAAUGGGAGAUUUCGCUCGCGCAGACGAGGCAGCACAGGUAGCGAUGUGAACCGGCACAGCUUUGAGAGCAAUGAUAAGAGACAUCGCAGACAUGGCAAAAGUAAGAGCUCUGGCAAGAAAAAGAAGAAACGUUCGCGCGACAAGUCUGUAGAAAACGUGCCAACUGUUGCAUCGUCUAUUAUUAAACCUCUGGUGGAGUAUUCAGAUGUGAGUAGUGAAGAUCUGUCUGAGCCUGAAGCCGGAGAAAUACAGUCGGAGGACAGUCGUGGCAAUAGUUACACAGAUGGUGAAGUACCUGAGCCACUCCUUCAAAGGCGAUAUUAUGGUGGCAGUCCUGUUCGCCCUCUCGGAAUAUCGCCGAUCAGCUUGUCACCGUCUCCGCCGCCUUCACAUCGGCAUUCUGGUAGGCAUUAUUCACCGAAUGAACAACAACAACAGCCGACUACGAUACACGGUGCAACAUCCGAGUAUGAGGAGGAAUCGAGGCGAUACGCUCGACGAAAGGAGAAAAAGCAUAAGCGGGAAAAGAAGAAAAAGAAGAGCCUCAGUCCUUCGUCUAAUUCUAGCAAGAAGAAGAAAAGAAAGACCAAGAGGCAUUCUCACAGUGUAAGUCCUCAUGGAAACGUGAUGGUGACUGAGGAGAUCGUCGCAAGCCCGGAGCGUGAGAAAACAGGCACUAAUUGGUCGGAAUCGCCACCAUUGCCGCUGAAAGAUAACAUGUCGCCAAUCUCACCAGCGACGCCGCAUGAGCAAAGAUGUCUCAGCGACGUGGAAAUAGAGAUGUCGAGGCAGCCGCGAAAUAUUACGCCGCCUCUUUUACCGUCAAUGCGGCAAACAGAAUCACCACAUACUCCAUUACUACCUCCGCGCGCUAUGACGCCGGAAAGUAACAAAGUCUCACUGAAGCACAGUCCUGAUCGUGGACGGGACAAACGUAGUCCCAGCAUUCACGCACGACGUAGCAGUGGCAGCCCAGGACCAGCCGCGAUUGGUUCCGGCCGUAGAAGGCCCCAUAGCCCAAGCCCGCCGUCGAGACGAAGGGACCAUAGUCCGCCACGAAGAAGAGAAUUCAGUCCUGUGCCAGUCCUUCAUAAUAGACUCAGGCAUAGUCCGAGUCCUGCUACGGUCAGACGACGCGAAUUCAGCCCCAGCCCUGUGAGUCACAGACGACGAACAGAAACAAUGAACUCUCCACCUUCUAAACGUAGAAGACGAGAGGAUUCUGAUCGACGUCACAGACAUCAUGAAAAAGACAGGAGGGAUAAGCGAAAAUCGAGAUCCACUAGAAGCCCAAGCAGAUUACACGUACCUCUUUCCCGAUCACGAUCUCGCAGUCCUGGCAGAUGGCGAAAGCUCUCUCGCUCGAGGUCGCAUUCACGCAGAAGAAGUCGCACCCCGAAGAAAUCGCGCUCGCCCAGCAAGACCCAUAAGUCGUCAAGGAAACAUAAAUCAAAGAGCCCUCGUCCGAGAAUACCCUCUCCUUCUCCUCACAGGUCUAGGGCCAGAAGCCCAUCGAGCAUCACUGCUCGAAAUCUUAGAGUACAAGCGAAAAUCAGCGAAACUAGCUUGUUCGCGGAGCUCGUGAAGGACCGGAAUAUGAGGGAACUCGCGUACAAAAAGCUACAGGCUGCGAAGGAGAAGGCCGUCAACCAAGAUGAGGUGCAAAUCAUAGAGGGCACAGAAGAGAAGGACAGCAGCAACGCGUCCACUGAGAACAAAGCUUCCAUUGACAAUAAGGACAAACCUGUGAAUAACAAGGACCAGCUCGUCAAACUUGGCGGCGAAAGCACAGCAAAGUGCGUCGACAUCGUCGACAUUCCCGUGCCGACGAGCGACGACAGCGGUCUGUCUGGCAAAACGCCGCCGUUACCGGCUAACCAGCCGACGAUACCACCAGCUUCGACAUCUGCAGCGAAUUUGACUCCUCACGCGAUUGCAAAUACCUCACCCACCGUGUCCGCAGUAUCCAAUAAUUGCCCGGUCGCCGUCUCCCAGAGUCCGAACUUCCCUGCGCACACAAGUGUACAGCAACCGCCCCCACCGCCACCACUGCCGCAAUCCGAGUCCACGUCGACAGUAUUGCCACCAGUGUCUUUGCCUGUUUCGGCUAUGUCUGUGCCAAUUCCACCGGCACCAGUCUUACCGAACAUGUCUGUUCCACCGCCACCUAUCCCAAUUCCAGUACCGGCGCCGAACACGAUCAUGUCUAAGUUCAAUGCUCCGAAUAAUCUGGUUCCUCUGAAAUCGGUGGAUCCGCCUAAGCCUCCCAUAGUAGCCUUCAAAACGAAGAGUCUUUCGAGAUUGCCAUUACCACCUGGAAUCAAUCAGAACGAUUUGGAGAGCAUCGAUUCCCCGCCGAGUCGUUCUCCAAGUCCGCCCAGUAAGACGCAGGUAAAGUUCCCAACUUCGACACCAAAACUGCCGCAGAAGAAGAGCAUCAAAGAUCUACCGAUGCCACCAGUCGUACCCGGAUCAGAAGAUUUGAGCGGCGAGGACGACCCGAACGCGACUCCACCGCGUUUAAAGAUGGAACGAAUGGCACCGAAACCGAAACUGAAGAGACCAAAAAUACUGAAGCGACGCGGAUCGCGAAACUGUCAUACUCCUACGUUAGCCUCCGGCGGCAAAGAUUGGGGUGAACGCUGCGUGGACGUGUUUGAAUUCAUCACACAGAUCGGAGAGGGUACUUACGGACAAGUAUACAAAGCGCGAGAUAAGAGGUCCAGCGCGCUUGUAGCCUUGAAGAAAGUUCGGUUGGAGAAUGAGAAAGAGGGCUUCCCCAUUACAGCAGUUAGAGAGAUAAAGAUCUUACGACAACUCAAUCACAAGAACAUUGUUAAUCUUAGGGAAGUUGUCACUGACAAACAGGACGCACUGGAUUUCCGAAAGGAUAAAGGUUCCUUUUAUCUAGUUUUCGAGUAUAUGGAUCAUGAUCUAAUGGGUCUUUUGGAAUCCGGUAUGGUGGAUUUUAAUGAGAUGAAUAACGCCAGUAUCAUGAAGCAGCUCUUGGAUGGUUUGAAUUACUGUCAUAGCAAGAAUUUUCUGCACAGAGACAUCAAAUGUUCGAACAUAUUGAUGAAUAACAAAGGGGAGGUUAAACUGGCUGAUUUCGGAUUGGCGCGACUUUAUAACGCAGAAGAUCGACAGAGACCGUAUACCAACAAAGUGAUUACUUUAUGGUACAGACCUCCUGAACUUUUGUUGGGAGAGGAACGUUAUGGACCUGCGAUUGAUGUGUGGAGCUGUGGAUGUAUAUUGGGAGAAUUGUUUUGGAAAAAACCUUUAUUCCAGGCCAAUGUAGAUAUGAUGCAGCUGGAAUUGAUUUCGAGAGUUUGUGGUACACCUACUCCAGCUGUCUGGCCUUCUGUGAUAAAAUUGCCACAUUGGCAUACACUUAAGCCAAAAAAGUCGCAUAGGAGACGUUUGAGGGAGGAUUUCUCAUUUAUGCCAGGGCCAGCUUUGGACCUUCUGGAUAAAAUGUUGGAAUUAGAUCCUGAGAAACGGAUAACAGCAGCAGACGCACUCAAAAGUGCUUGGUUGAAGAACGUUCAACCCGAACAAAUGCCAGCGCCGCAGCUUCCUACCUGGCAGGAUUGUCAUGAGCUUUGGUGGAAAAAGCGAAAACGCUUGUUACGGGAACAGCAAGAUAAUGCUACCACCAAGAUGCCUCUUCUUCCGUUCCCAAAUAAAGGAGGCCCUCACAAGGAUGAUCUGUCAGAUGUCGGGGGUCGUUCAAACACGACGACGGCAAUAACGCAGAACAGUGGAAAAUAAAAACACGAAACAUCGUUCUCUGUGUUCGUGGCUUCGCUGCAGAGAUUAUUUAUUACAAUCAAUUUGAUAGACUGUGUGAGAAACACGUUUUCGGAUAUAUAUGUAUCAUUAGAGCAUAUAUGCAAGAGAUGAUGCUAUAUAGCGACAAUAUUUUGUCUCAUGACAAAUGUUAUUACUACUUACUACUACUUACAUCCGCCUGACUGUCUACAUCGAAUCAUUUUUUUAUAAUUACACACGUUCGUAUACAGCGAAAAUAAUAUCAUAGUAACUGUAUUAUCAUAAUGUCCUAUGGAUCCCUAACGAUCAUUAUUUACGUUGUGUAAACAGAAACAUCAAGAGUUAAGAUGUACAUUCUCGUUAUCACUGUGAUCCAGUCUACUAUUUGUCUCUGAAGACGAUUGUAGAAAUUAGAUAUCAGUUUGUUUUAUUCGGUAAUGGUUUACGACCUAAGCUACAGAUAGAUGUGUAUAUAUGUAUAUAUAUAUGUAUAUGUACGUAUAUAUAUAUAUAUAUAUAUGUUCGUGCAUAUGUAUAUGAAAAAGAUAUGCAGGAUACGCAUAUCGUUAUAACAAAAAUACCGAGUAAUAUCUAUGCGAGUUUAUGCGCACUUGUACAUUGAUUUAGAUUCUCCUACAGAGAUACGUCAAUAUCCAUAUACAUAUUUACAUAUUUAUAACGUAUAUUGCAUAUUCCCAAUUACAAAUGAAAACAAGUAGCAUUUUGAUUGUAAAUAAAUCAAGAAAUCACAUCACAGUGAUUUCUUCUUACUUUUCUAAGAAUCUAUCUGGUUUAUGCUCGUAAAUAGAGAGAAAAAAGAGAAUAAAACUUUAUAAAAUAAAGUGUAAAUAGAAGGCGAGAUAUGCAGAUACACAGGAGAUGCUGUAGGAAGAACGAAGAGACAAUUCAAGGAGAUCAAGACUAAAAAAAUGUUAUUGUAUCAUGAAAGAUAUAAUUUUAAUUCCGCGUUAAAAGCUCUAUUUAUGUUAACUUGAAAUUUCUACAAAUUUACAGUUGUAUACUUUAGUCAUCCCUUUAAUAGCUAUAUUAUAACGUAAUAAUUUUAUGUGUGUAUGUGUGUGUGCAUAGGUGUAUAUGGAUAUGCACGCACACACAUCGCACCCAUGAAUUUUAAUAUACAAAUGGCGAAUCAUUAUACACGUCAAUACUAUUCUUUUCUUUCUUUCUCAUUUUAUUUUCUUCUUUUUUUUUGUUGAAUAUACGUUGUAUUAAGCGGUAUCGCCAUUCUUAUAAUAAAAUUCAAUAUUCAGGUAUUUUCUGCUGUAAUGUUACAUCAUAAGCGAUAUAAAAUAAUAUACUAAUGUUGUAACAUACCCAAGUACCCAAAAAACAUUAGCCUAAUGUCUUUAUGGGUAUUGAAUGAAAACCUUUAAUGUUAUUAAAACAUUUUAUUAUUCAA